AUGCCACGCCGGACGUGGGGCGUCCGUGAGGGCAAGGCGUGCGACAUGCUGCUGUCCACGCCCGGCCCGCUCGGAGGCACGUGCAUUCUCGACAGCGCCGCGCAGCACCAGUCGCGCCUGAGCGCCACAGGCCACGGCAACGAGGAGCUGGAGUGGGAGGGUCCUGGGGAGCCUAGAGCGCUCCGCAUGCAGCGCCUCUUCGAAACCUCCCCGGGACGGCAGCGCACGUCGGUCGAGCAGCAAGCCGCGGAGCGCAGCGCGGGCGCAGGAGGCGCGAGGGACGCGGCGGCCCCGGGCGCCCGUCGGUCGCCAUCAGGGGGGCACAGCCCCGCCGCGCAGUCCAGCGGCGUCUCCGGGCGCCGGGGAACCGACAGGGACGCGUCGCGGCGAGCGCCGAGCGGGGUGAGCGCGGGCACCCGCGAGGGGUCCCGUAUCCCCGACGAGUUCGUCACGGACGCCGUCGCGUCCCCGCGGUCCCGAGCAGCGCGCCCCGCGCAGCAGCAACCCCUCCCGGAGAAAUACACUCGUUUCUUCGCCUGGUACCACCAGGACCACAACAGAACGGGCCCGCCGCGCAUCGGGGCGCUCCCGGGGGCGCUUCUCAUCAACCACGAGGCCCGCUGGACGUCCCCGAAGCAGCAGCGCGGGCGUCACACGGCGCUCGCGCCGGCCACGGCGGCCGAGCGCGUCACCAACCGCCACGCCGAGGGGUUCCUGCCCGGCGCUACGUCGCCGACGGGCGCGUUCCCGCCCGCGCCGACGUGGGGCGCGCCGUCGACCGCGCCCGCGGGCCUCCGCCGGCGCAACGAGGCCCACGCGCGCGGGCUGGCCGCGCUGAGCACGGGGUACCAGACCCUGGUGAAGGGAGCCAAGCCGGUGCCGCCGCGGGCGGUGUGCCGAAUGGAGGUGUCGCACAUGAUGCGCAACACGCGCGGCGGGCGCGCGCGCCGCGAGAUGCUCGACCUGACGAUGGACCAGAUCGACGACAUGCUGCUCGGCAUGCGCGACGGCGGGCCGCACGGCGGCGCGGGGGGCAUCCUGUCCCGGGAGUCACGGAUGCGGGCGUGGGAGGAGGCGCGCGUGUACGUGGACCAGGCCGUCGAGCAGAUCAAGGUCCAGAAAGCGCGGGAGGCGCAGGAGGCGUGGAUGGCAUCGCACAUGGAGGACCUGGGCAGGGAUGUGGAGGACGUGGUUGCCGAGUACGAGAAGGACGCGCAGGAGCGCGCGGCGCGCAAGGUGACGCACGUGGACCUGAAGGACUUCGUGGACGAGGACGUGGAGGACCUCCGCGACCUCGCGCGGCCGCCGCCGGGCGCGAAGAUCACGCCGUUCCGCGCGUACGCGUUCGAGCCGCGCGAGGAGCUGGACCUGGCGCAGCGCGAGUCGCAGCAGGCCAAGCUCGCGGCCGUGCAGGUCAAGACGUACAUGCGCAAGCUCGAGGCGUCAGGCCAGGUCGGGAAGGCGGCCCUGUGGCUCAACAACCGACUCAACGUCGGGCCGCGGGCCAGCAUGGCGAUCGUCAGGGAGCACCUCGAGCGGCAGGCGCGGGAGGCGCCGAGCCGGAACCGCGGCGUCGUGGCGUCGAGCUUGGACGCGGUGGACCCCGUGUCGACGCUGCCGCUGCACGAGCAGCACCUGCUGCGUGAGCGCAGCCUGGUGCACCACCUGCGGUACCCUGCGCGGUCGACGCUGGCGACGGCGAUGGCCUCGCAGCAGCCCCUGGUGUCGGCCGACCUGGUCAAGCUCGUGCAGAACGCGGAGAAGCGGAAGCUCGCGGUGGAACUCGGAGAGGAACAAGGGCGUGGGGAAGCGCGCGCAGACCGGCGCAUGUCGAUGGCCGACCAACUCAAAGCGCAGGCCUCGCGCCCGGACGUUUCGGGCCGCAGCGUGGGCGUCGCAGGCUCCAAGUCGACCCCCAACGUGGCAUGA